AUGUUUUUCUCCUUACGGUUCCUCCUAGUAUAUGUGCUGCCAUUCAUUUACGCACACACAUUCUUUUUUCUUUCUUUUUUUUCUUUCUUUCCUUCUUUCUUCUUACCUUUUUCAUUCUUUACACUUUUUUCUUUGAAUAUCGAUAAAAAAUGCAUCGGUUCUAUUGGUUCUUCAUAUAAACCUCGUUUUUUCCUCUUUCUUUCUUUUCUUUCUUUCUUUUUUUUAUUUCUUUCUUUAUUUCUUUCUUUCUAUUAUACACCCCUACACUUUCUUUAUGAAGCCGUUCUUUCUUUCUUUCUUUCUUUCUUUCUUUCUUUCUAUUUCCAUACCAUUACACUUCGUUCUUUACUCAUAAAAUUAUUUCCUUUUUUCUUUCUUCUUUCUUUUUUUUUCUUUCUUUCUUUCUUUCUUUCUUUUCUUUCUUUCUUUCUUUCUUUCUUUCUUUCUUUACUUCGAAUCUCGCUAAACAAUGCAUCAGAUUUCAUUUUUUCUUUCCUUCACAUAUUUUAUUCUUGCGUUUGUUCCUCCCAUUUUUAUGGUCUCUUUCUUUCUCUUUUCGUUCACAUUUAUUUUUCUCUUCUUUUAGAAUUUUUUUAUUUUUAUUUUUUUUUUUUUAACUUUCUCUCUUUUUUUCGCUUCCUUUUUUUUCUAUUUCUUUUUCCGACAUUUCGUUUUCUAUCUCUAUUCAUCUUCAUCUUCCUUUUAUUCUUUUUUCUUACAGAGUUUUUUCUUUCCUCUAUCUCUCCACAUCCCCUCUCUCUCUCUUUAUCUAUAUUUAUAGUUUUCUCUUUGUUUCUUUCUUUCAGUUUCCCCUUCUACAAUAUGUUAUUUUCUCUCUUUUUUAUUUUAUUUCAUUUUCCUUGUCUCUAUUCUUUAUUUUUUAUUUACCACUUUCUAUCCAUGAUUUUUUUUUUUUUUUCUUUCUUUUUUUCUCUUUUAUUCUGUUUCUCUCUUUACCGCAUUAAAUCUUUUUUUUUUUUAAAUAUAUUUCUGUCUUUGAUUACAUAUCCUUUUGUUUCUCUGGAUUUUCUAUUUAUCUUUUCGCUCACUAUAUCUCAUACAAUCUCUCACUUUAUUCAUUUAUGUCUCCAUUUCUUGAUUUUCCUUUCACGUCCUUUCUUUUCCUUCUUUCUCUCGCUUUCUUUUUCUCUCUGCCUGUAUGUUUUUGUGAUAUUCAUAGUUUUUCAUGUAGUUUUAUCUAAUGCGUUUUCCUUUUAUUCAUUCAUUCCUUGGUCUUUUUUUAGCAGUUUUUAA